AUGGCACCAGGUAGCUUACCCUCUCCUCCCGCCGAGGAACAUAAGUCGACCCUUUCUCGAAAGAGCACAUCCUCAAGUACCAAGUCUGUCAAGCCUGUGCACCGCACAUCCAAGCGAGCCAGCUCAAGUGCUGCCACAAUUCACCACCACGACCAUGUCACACAUACAACUGGCAUGGACGGUCGCCAUAAGCGUGUCUGGAAGGCUUGUGAACGAUGUCGUAUGAAGAAGACCAAGUGUGACGGUGAAUUCCCAUGCAAGCGAUGCAAGGACGAUGGUCUGGUCUGUACUGCCGGCGUACGAAAGAAGAUGGAAUACAAGCAGCUUCCUAGAGGUUACGCUGAGGUUCUCGAGAACACACAAUUCGCUCUCAUUGCUACUGUUCACAAGCUCUACUCAAUGGUCCGAAACAACCAAUCGUGGGACUUGGGUGAGCCCGAACUCAACGACCGCGGCCAGCCCGUAAUCCACAACAUCGCCCAGAAGCUCGGCUGCAUCCGCCCCAACAGCGAUAUCGAUCUUCCCGUGCACUCGGUAUUCCCUGAAGACGAGGCCGGCAUGGCUGAGCUGGCGCGACAGCUCGAAGAUCAACAAAAGGAGCAUGGUACCCUGAAGGACUCUAUUAAGGACACAGAUUCUUCCGUGUGCAACCGAACCGAGCGAGCGUCAUCAUCGGAGCUCGAUCACUCCGACUUCGAGCACGAUUACCGAAAGGCCGCCUUUGGUAACACCAACGCCAUGACCCUCUCACCGCAAAGCUUCGCAGGCAGCGCCGACUUCGACUUUGCCCCUCCGCCACCCGAGAUUGACACCGCAAGCCUAUUCCCCUCGCAAUCCCCCUCGAUGAGCAGCUUCCCCGCCUGGGCAAUGGCCAAGCCCCAACCCAGCGACCUCACCAUGCAAUUCCUCCAACAACAACAAAACGGCAUGCUGGCAAACCUCGAUAUGUUAAAUCAGGGUCUCGUUGAAUCAGAAUUCGGAACAAUUAAGCCUCACGUCCUCUCAUGUCCCAACCCCGAAGUGAUGCUGGGCAUGGGCGAUCCCAUGAUAUAUUCUGGCUACGACGGCGAACCGAUGCGACUAUAA